AUCCCCAACGAAAAAAAAAAAAAAAAAUUCUAGUGAGCGCAUUUUUCGAUCGGUUAAUCACAAAACCAGCCCGUAAAAUUUGUCAAAGGUUCGUCCUAACGUGCGUGUAAAAUACGCGAUGUAUAACGUCCUUCACCCCUCCCUCUUGCCUCCACCAGCAGCGUGCUGAGACUGUCACUCAUUGCAUGCUCGAGAAAUUUUAGGGUUGCCACCCGUUCCUUUAAAUAUGGAUUCAUUCCGUAUUGGAGAGUGAGAUGUUGCAUUCCACAUUUUUCUGACCUCAGGGUGGCAACCCUUGUUGUGUCAUUCAACACAAGAGAGAUCGAGGCAAAAGGAGUGCGUGCAUACUGUGCGGCUCCCAAGUUUGUGCCAGCGAAACGUAACCAUGCCCAGAAGUUGUUAUAUAUUGCAAAAUAUUUAAUAAGAGUAGGUCAGUAGCCCCAAAGCCCCCAAUGUUUACUGUGUUUCCUUGAACAUGGCCGAGGGCGGGGAGGGGGCGGGGCGGCGCAAGUGGUUCAUCCCCCUGGAGAAGACGGUGUUGACAGCCCUGGUGGAGCAGCACAAGGGCGUGGUGGAGUCCAAGAAGAGGGACGGCACAUCCAACAGGGAGAAGGAGAAGGCGUGGGAGGGGAUAGCGGCCCAGUUCUCGGCCCACCCUGCCACCCAGGCCAGGACCAGCAGGGAGCUCCGCCGCUGCUGGGAGAACAUGAAGGCCAGGAACAAGAAGGGUGACAGAGCCACACAAGAGGGGUCAGAGGACAGUUACUCGGCACCCUCCACCAUCACACCAGACGUGGAGGCUGUAUUCAGCGUUCUGAACCCAUAUGAUGCAAAACAUGGUGUAAGUUCUCAGGACCUUGUUCCAGACUGUCUUAUACCAGAAACCCCCACUGAUUCUCACAUCAGAAUGCAAAGUUAUCAAGCUGGACAUUCAUCUGUAUCAGGCACCUCAGAAAACUGUGAGGCAACAUCACACUGUGAAAAGCUAACAGCAGACUUAACUCCAAACAUUGGCCCAUCCAAGCGAACCAGAAAGCAAAAGAUGGACCAGCUGUGCAAUGACGACAUUCUACUAGCACAGAUGCAGAUGCAGCAAGCUCAACUUUCAAUAGAAAACUUACAAUUAGAAAGAAAAUUUUUGCAAGAGAGAUGCCAGCAGCAGCGGGAGGCACAUGAGUGGCAGCGGGCACAGCAUGAAGUCAACCUGAACCUUGCUAUGCUGCAGAUCAAAUACUGGGAGAAGAAAACUGGAUAUGUAGACAUGGAAACCUGAAGGUUGGGCGUUCUGUAUCGUCUCCGCCAGUUCUUCUCCCCUGCACAGAUGCUUUCCAUUUAUAAGGGCCUUGUCUGCCCUCGUAUGGAGUAUGCAUCUCACGUGUGGGGGGGCUUCACUCACACAGCUCUUCUGGACAGAGUGGAGUAAGGCUCUUCGUCUCCUCAGCUCUCCUCCUCUUACUGAUAGUCUUCUACCUCUUAAAUUCCGCCGCCAUAUUGCCUCGGUUUCUAUCUUCUAUCGAUAUUUUCAUGGUGACUGUUCUUCUGAACUUGCUAACUGCAUGCCUCCCCCCCUCCCGUGGCCCCCAUGCAGACGAGUUUCUACUCAUGCUCAUCCCUAUACUGACCUAACCCCUUAUGCAUGAGUUAACCAGCAUCUUCAUUCUUUCAUCCCCUUCACUGGUAAACUAUGGAACAGCCUUCCAUCAUUUGUAUUUCCUCCUGCCUAUGAUUUGACCUCUUUCAAAAAGAGUGUAUCAAGACACCUCUCCACCCGAAAUUGACCUCUCUUUUGGCUAUUCUUUACUAUUGUCUGUUACAGGAGUGGCGAGUAGCGGGCCAUUUUUUUUUUUUUUUUUCACUCCUUUUGUUGUUCUUGAGCUGUCUCCCUGUAAAAAAAGAAAAAAAAAAAAAAUAGUAUUCAUACAUUAUAGGUUGGUAUUUUUAUACUGCAAAUUUAUUACUAACUUUUUUCCUAAAUAUAUUAUUUUAUCUCAAACCUUAUUAAAGUUUCACUGUAGUCAGCAAAAAAAAGUAUUGAACAUCCAUGGGUCAUUUUAAUAGAAUUUGAGCAAAAUCUAUAGACAUGGUGUUGUGUUGAUUAGGUGGGUACCAAAGGUUAGUCUACCCAUUGGCACCCACCUGACCAAUACAACACCACGUCUAAAGAUAUCACUCAUUCUAUUCAGUCAACCCAUGGGUAAAGACCUAUACUUGUUUUCCUCAGGAACUUUGGUGCUUAGAGGUGAUGGAUAGUAAAUUAAUUAUAUAAUUACCUAAACUAGCCAUGUGUUCCAUCAUAUUAGCUGCUCUACACAGACUAACAUAAUGUUUACAAUGUUUUACUGAGUCAGACAAACAAGUAAUGUUAUAGAUGUAGAGUGAUUGGCUGAUGAGCACUUGUUUAUAAUCCGUGUGGAUGCAAGUUUGUCUUGGUCAUGAAGUUCUUGGUGAGAGAGGCAGCUUCAAGAUUUCAAAUGCAUAGUUUACUUUCUCUGAUCCAGACAUACUGAACUGUAGUAGUAACUGUGAUUGGAGCUUUGUAUUAUUUUUGUGUUUUUAUACUAUCAAUUUAAAGUAUAUUUGCUAUAGAGCAGUGCUGUCCAAACUUUUCCACCUAUUGUACCCUUUAUUAUCUCUUCCUACUGUUACGUACCCCCCAUGGCUAAUUAAACUCAAUUAUAUUAAGUUAUAUUUAGGUACACGUACAUUACGCAUCCUUCCUAGGUACCCGUCCGUCCCUCUCUCUUUUCCUUCAUAGAAUAUCGGAAGUUUCUGCUGUGUGUGUGUGUGUGUGUGUGUGUGUGUGUGUGUGUGUGUGUGUUUAUCGUCUUUUCACGUACCCCUCUGAUCUAUGCUGCGUACCCCAGUUUGGACAACACUGCCAUAGAGUAUAAGAAAGAGAACAGAAUGAAAACAGCUUCAGCAUGUCAAAGUUUAGCAAUUUAGUAAUUUUUUACCUCUAUUAAUUUUUAUUAAUAAUAACUCAUUGCCCUAAUGUGGAUUAAAAAAUAAGAAGGUUGUAUCAGCUUUAAUCAUAUAAAAUUAAAUUAAAGUGCAAAAGAAACAUUGUGUCUAUUUACCUCAUAAGCUGCAACACCCCCAAUUAGGUCAUGUAUUGAGUCAGUCACCUUGCUGUCACAAUGGAUGCUCGAAAGUUGAGCUCUCAGACAAACAAGGAAAUGGAUAGUUUGGAAAAAUGGUGCUCAGUUGGUUAAAAGAGGGUAUAAUUGUUUUGUGUAAACUGUGGAAGAAAGAGGAACACACAGGAUAUGGGGCAAGGAUCAGGUACAGUGAGAAAGCUAUUAUAUCUGAAAGAAAAUAAUUAUUUUUCUGGUGUACAUUUGAAUCCUGCUUUUGGAGAUGAGUUGCAAAAAAAUGUUAAUUUCAUAAUGAGAAUGCAUUUUGAUGGGAUUUUUUACAAGAUGCAUGUUUAUUGCUACAGUUAUGGCUAAAAAUGUUCUUCGAUGCACCAUUGUGAUGUAGGUAACUAAAUGUGCCAUAAUCUUAGCAGCAUGUCAUAGGCAAGGCUUUUAGAGCCAAAGCCCAUUGAAUUUCUCAGUUGCAACCAUAACACAAGACCCUGGUGGUUACAGAAUCUUCAUGAACCUAAUAGGCAUAGAUUAGGCUGACAAAAGCAAGAUAAGAAUAAUUCUGUGCCAAAUUAUGAGAUAUGUAGAAGUUAGUGGUGGUGUCAAACAUAAACAAGUCCAUAUUGAUCCAGGAAAAUGUUAGUUGAAAAAAAUGGGCCAUGGAGAUUCAGUGCAUACAUACACUGUGACUAGUAUGGUACUGGUUCUUCAACUUUUUCAUUCAACUUACAUUCAGUGGUGGGCAUGGUUCUGCUAAUUAGUGAAGCUAAUUUUUUCAUUAUCUGAUUAGCAUUUUGGCUAACUGGAAACAGUUAUUGGGCCAAUUAGCUUCCGCUAAAUGUAGUUCCUCCUCCGCUAACUUUAAGUCCACUAAAAAAUUCAUAAAGGUUAUUGUCUAUUGUGGGCAGACACAGCACCAGUUGAGCCACAUGGCACAGUAAUUCCAGGGCUUCCACUUUUGGGUAAAUUACGCCUUAAAGUAGGCUAAUUGAACAAUUAUUAGGGAAAACUUUUUGGUAUUUUAGGGUACUGCAUCUUCCAUUUCCAACUCUUUGAACUCGGGAUUUAAUAACAAGAAUUUGAUAUUUUUUACCUGACAAGAAAUAAACUUAAAA